GCCUUGGAAGAGGCUCACGGGAAUUUCAUAACUCUAAAAAUUGUACACUCGAACACUUGAAAUUUAUAUACUACUUAAUUUAAAAAAAACACAAAUAUUUUUCGCCAGAAUGUUGGAAGAUAAGCUCAUCGUCUGCUCCACAGCCUUGUUUACGUACAUGCAUAUCUAUGGAAUCGUAAAGUCGAGAUCAGCGAUUAAUGCUGAGCCGGAAAAAAAACAGGAGGACCAGGAGCAGCAGCAAAUACAGCAAGUGCCCCAAAAGCACCCUCUGAAGGGGCCCGAGGAGAUAGUCGAAGAGCAGCCACACGAUCAGCUGGAAGGGGAGCAAAUGACUCAACUAUACUCAACUCUUCGCCAGAAUUUGGUUCCAAUGGCAAUUGGACUCACUGCUGUCUGUGUUCUUAAAACAAUAAUCAACUAACUGUCGGCCUAUGGAAUGCUGAAAAAUGGUAUCUCGCCUCUGUCUCCUUUUGUCAAAAUAAAUAGUUAGUUAGCCCUGUUCUACCUAUUUCUCUAUCUGCAAAAUUGCUCUGAAUGUGGACUCAAAAACACAUACUUUUCCACAUUUGGAGCAAUCUUGUGGGAGGGGGAAUAGGGAACUAGGCUCAAAGAAAGAGAA